AGAAACUGUCAUUAGACAAUACCAGGAAACCCAAGAAGGCUUUACUGGAAGACAAACUAGACUCAAAUCUGUCAAUUUAUCAAACAGGAAAACAAACUCUAGGAGUCAACUGCGGUACCAAACGGCUUGGAGAUAAUCCUGACGCUUACCCGUAAAUUACCACUUCAGGGGAAUAAUGGCUUUUAUUCUUUUACUCGCUCUGAUCCCAGCAGUCAUCUGCUCAACACAGCUUCCAGUCGACUGCAGUGACUUGUACAACAGAGGUUUUGGUCACAGUGGUGUGUACACCAUCUACCCAGCAGGACCAGUGUCACCUGUCCAGGUCUACUGUGACAUGGGCUGUGAUGAGGAAAGUGGUAAAUGGACUGUGAUUCAGAGUAGAAAAGACGGCACCAUGAACUUUUAUCGUGGAUGGGACCAGUACAGAACUGGAUUUGGACAAGCAUCAGGAGAAUACUGGCUGGGUCUGGAGAACAUCCAUGUCCUCACUCAGAGGAAGAGCUAUGAACUGAAGAUAGACAUGGAGGACUUUGAGGGCCACAAGGCCCACGUCUAUUAUUCCAACUUCUCUGUGGGUUCGGAGCUAGGUGGCUACAAGCUUAAACUCAGUGGCUUCAGAGAUAGAGGAGCUGGAGCUUCAUUCACUUACCAUAAUGGUUUCAAGUUUUCUACAUUUGACAAAGACCAGGACACUUAUGCAGGCAACUGUGCUAAGACCUAUCAGGGAGGAUGGUGGUAUGGAAAAUGUCACAAGGUUAACCCCAACGGUGCUUACUUAUGGGGCAACUCAACCUACGGGAUCGGAAUCAACUGGCAUUCUUGGAAAGGAUAUAAAUAUUCUCUGAAAUCAAUCGCAAUGAAGAUACAACCCAAACACUGAUGUUAGAUGUCAGAUUAUCACACUUACUACAUGCACUGCCUGGCCAAUAAACAGUCACACACACUGUAGGACAGCCUUUUGUAGAGGUUGAUCAAUAUGGGUUUGUUGAUUUUUUUUUGUGACCGAUGACGGUACUAUGGAAGUUCCUUUCUUUUAAAAGUUUGUUUUAUUUCUCUCUCUUUUGGGGGAAAGUUUAAAUAACAUUUUAGGGUGAUUUUCUUCAUUUCUGUUUUACUUUUGGGGAAAAACAUGAUUUUUAUUCUUAGUGGGGGAAAAAUAUCUUUGUGUAUUUUAAUGUACUAAAUAAGUCAAAUCAAAUCAAAUAUGUCAUGGGUGAUGUAACUCCUCUUUGUGACCACUGGAGGGCAGUGAUUAUUUUUUCUUCAGCAUCAAUGCAAAAACCUUGUGUGAUGAAUAAAGAUUUCAUACAUGGA